UAUAAACUACAACAAAUUUGCAACUUUAUUUUUGACCAUUUUGACAUUUGAUUUAGUUUCUAUGAGUGUCAACACAGUCGCAGUGUUGUGAGCGACCCUAAUACCCUGUAAUAACUUUUUAUCCUCUCACUGCUUUUCAUUAAAUACUCACUUUUCCUGAGAGGUAACCUCACUGAAAAUCUACUACUUCGUACAACGUCUGAACUUUAGGGAAUAGUUACUAAACUAUUGAAAAAACGUUGUCAAGAUAAGGGCGAACAAAGUCAACAUGACGACCCGUCAUGUGUUCUAGUGGACGGACGGACGGACGGAGAGACGGACUGAUAGACAGACAGACUGACAGACAGACAGACAGAGAGAGGGAGGUGUUUGGGAGCAGCAUUGGUAGCUGUGCAGACCCAUGUGGGAGGAGGGUCCGGUUUCAAAGGUGGACCGAGCUGGAGGUUUGACCUUUAACCCAGAUCCGAGGAUUGUGAGAGCUGACAGGCAGCCAUGGAAGGCAGUGACGAGGAGGACAGCUGCAGUAUACCCGUAUACCCGGCCCUGGUUCCCUUCAGCAGUGAGAUCAGAACCAGAAUGGAGCAGUUUGUGGAGGAAAGAACUGAGGCCACUUUGUGGAUUUCUGUGCUCAUGGGAGUUGUGGUGGCUGUUUCUGCUGUUGGCAUCGUUGUGUUUCUUCUUUACAGAAGAUACAAACGGUCAAAAGAGGAGGCUGGUGUCCCUCACUAUCGCUUCAGAAAGAGAGACAAGGUGAUGUUCUACGGCCGGAAGAUCAUGAGAAAGGUGCAGACCUUAUCCACGGCUCCCACCUCUAACUCAGCCUCGCGCCAGAGGGUGAAGAAGAGGACCAAAGUCCUGUCCAUCGCUCGCAAGUUGCUGCGUCUGCAGAGAGAGCCCCCCACCCUGCAGGUGAAAGAGCCCCCGCCCUGCGUGCUGGAGGCCGACCUGACGGAGUUUGAUGUGCAGAACUCCCAUCUGCCCUCCGAGGUGCUGUACAUGCUGAAAAAUGUCAGGGUGCUGGGCCACUUCGAGAAGCCUCUGUUCCUGGAGUUGUGUCGUCACAUGGUGCUGAUCCAGCUGCACCAGGGAGAGGGGCUGUUCCGCCCCGGGGACACGGACGACAGCAUCUACGUGGUCCAGGACGGCCGCCUGGAGCUCUGCAUCCACGAGAGUGACGGUACAGAGGCUGCGGUGAAGGACGUGUUACCAGGAGACAGUGUUCACAGUUUACUCAGCAUCAUGGAUGUCAUCACAGGCCACGCAGGUCCGUACAAGACGGUGUCUGCCAGAGCUGCCGUUCCCUCCACAGUCCUGCGUCUGCCAGCCGUGGCCUUCCAGUCCGUCUUUGACAAGUAUCCGGAGACUCUUGUGCGCGUGAUCCAGAUAAUCAUGGUGCGUCUCCAGAGAGUGACCUUCCUCGCCCUACACAACUACCUCGGCCUCACCACCGAGCUCUUCAACCCGGAGAGCCAAGCCAUUUCCCUGGUGUCGGUAGCCAACGUCCUGGGAGAUUCUCACCCUCACAAAGGCUUCCGCCGGCAGGCCUCCCACCCCGACGAGGUGGGCUCUGAGAAAGCUGACCCAGCAGAAAAGCCCAGCCCUGCAGACGUUCCUGCACCCAAACACAGGAAGUCUCACUCUUUCUCCCACCCCAGUGGAGACGCAGGUGAAAUACCAGUGGAUCUUAACAGACUAUAUGAGCGAUCUCAGUCUACCAAAGAGGACGUGACGCCUCACAGCCCCGUCAAGUCUAUUUUAAAGAAGAGUGUGACGAUGCAGGCCGCUCCCUCUGCUGUUUACCAUUACAGUGACGCCGGAACAGGGAAUGUCCACCAUAAUAAAGUUAACGCCAUUUUCCAAGCUGCUAAAAAGGAUCUGCUGCAGGUCAUCCAGUUGCAGGACGCCAGUCUGCUGGAGGGACGCGUGGCUCUCCGCCAGGUCAAGGUCGGCUCUGUGGUCGGUCACCAAGGAGACCAGGAUGUGAGUGUGUUCUUCGUCAUCUCGGGGCUGCUCCACGUCUACCAGCGCAUGAUAGACCGCGAGGAGGAGAGUCUGCUGUUUGUGACCCACCCUGGGGAGAUGGUGGGUCACCUGGCCGUCCUCACGGGAGAGCCGCUCAUCUUCACCGUGAGGGCGCAGCGGGACUGCACCUUCCUGUCCAUCUCCAAGGCCCACUUCUACGAAAUCAUGCGCGAGGAGCCCAGGGUGGUGCUGAAUGUUGCUCACACCGUGGUGAGGAGGGUGUCCCCGUUUGUGAGGCAGAUCGACUUCGCCCUGGACUGGAUGGCCCUGGAGGCCGGCCGUGCCGUGUACCGACAAGGAGACAAGUCAGACAGCACCUUCAUCGUCCUCAGCGGUCGCCUGCGCUCCGUCAUCGCCAAGGAUAACGGGAAGAAAGAGCUGGCGGGGGAGUACGGCCGCGGGGACCUGAUCGGGGUGGUGGAGGCCCUGACGCACAUGAACCGAGCCACCACCGUGCACGCCGUCAGGGACUCGGAGCUGGCCAAGCUGCCUGAAGGAGCCCUGAACUCCAUCAAGAGGAGAUACCCGCAGGUGGUCACCAGGCUGAUCCACGUGCUGGGACAGAAGAUCCUGGGAAACAUGCAGCAGGUCAACGGACCUCUAGCUGGUCGUAGUCUGAGCCUCCAUACCGGCGCCAGCAAGUGGGACACGGGGAAUCCAGCGUCCAACCUGUCCACGGUGACCAUCCUGCCUGUUUCUGAGGAGGUGCCGCUCACCGCCUUCACCCUGGAGCUGCAGCACGCUCUCAGUGGCAUCGGUCCUGCUCUGCUGCUCACCAGUGACACCAUCAAACAGAGACUGGGCUCUGCUGCUCUGGACAGUGUCCACGAGUACCGCCUGUCCAGCUGGCUGGGGCAGCAGGAGGACAUCCACCGCAUCGUGCUGUACCAGUCGGACUCCACCCUCACGCCCUGGACGCAGCGCUGCAUCCGCCAGGCCGACUGCAUCAUCAUCGUUGGGCUGGGGGAGCAGGAGCCCACCGUGGGGGAGCUGGAGCGGAUGCUGGAGAGCAGCUCUGUCCGGGCCCAGAAGCAGCUGGUGCUGCUGCACAGGGAGGACGGCCCCCCGCCCAGCGGAACCACGGAGUGGCUGAACAUGAGGAGCUGGAUCUCCAGACACCAUCACCUGUCCUGCCCCCGCAGAGUCUUCUCCAGGAGGAGUCUCCCUAAGCUGAGAGAGCUGUACCUACGCGUGUUUGAAAAGUGUCCGGAUCGUCACUCCGACUUCUCCCGCCUGGCCAGGAUCCUGACGGGGAACAGCAUCGCCCUGGUGCUGGGUGGAGGGGGGGCCAGAGGCUGCUCUCAGGUGGGAAUCCUGCGUGCGCUGAAGGAGGCCGGCAUCCCCGUGGACAUCGUGGGAGGAACCUCCAUCGGCUCGUUCAUGGGAGCGCUGUACGCCGAGGAGAAGAGCAUCAGCCGGAUGAGGGUCCGGGCCCGGGAGUGGUCCAUGGACAUGUCCUCUCACUUUAAGAAGAUCCUGGACCUGACCUACCCCGUCACUUCCAUGUUUUCUGGAACCUCCUUCAACUCCAGCAUCAGCUCUGUCUUCCAUGACAAGCAGAUCGAGGACCUGUGGUUGCCGUACUUCAACAUCACCACGGACAUCACUGCGUCCUCCAUGAGAGUUCACACUGACGGCUCGUUGUGGCGCUACGUCCGCGCCAGCAUGUCCCUGUCCGGCUACCUGCCGCCGCUCUGCGACCCCAAAGAUGGCCACCUGCUCAUGGAUGGAGGCUACAUCAACAACCUCCCCGCUGACGUGGCCCGCUCCAUGGGAGCCAAGGUCGUGAUUGCCAUCGACGUGGGGAGCCGCGACGAGUCCAGUCUGACCAACUACGGCGACUCUCUGAGCGGCUGGUGGCUGCUGUGGAAGCGCUUGAACCCACUGGCUGAAAAAGUCAAGGUGCUGAACAUGGCGGAGAUCCAGACGCGGCUGGCCUACGUGUGCUGCGUGCGGCAGCUGGAGCUGGUCAAAGACAGCGACUACUGCGAAUACAUCCGUCCGCCCAUCAACCGAUACGGCACGCUGGACUUCGCCAAGUUCGACGAGAUUGCUGAGGUGGGGUACCAGCAUGGGAAGACUCUGUUUGACGUGUGGCACCGCAGCGGUGUGGUGGACAGCAUGAUGACCGACCGUCACCAGGAGGAGUUCCACAAGACCAAAACGGGCCAUGUGGUCACGUGUCCAAACGCCUCCUUCACCGACCUGGCGGAGAUCGUGUCCAGAAUCGAGCCGGUCAAGAACCCCCUGGUGGACGAGGAGCUGUCUGACGAGUACCAGACGGACUACGAGGAGGAGGCGGGGGAGAGCGCCCCCUCGGACCUGGAGCCGUUCCUGCCCGGCAGCGAGCACACUGAAGGAGAGGACACGGCCGACACUGCAGAGACGGAUGAAGAAUUCACGGCCCGGGUUCGACGCCGGCCCAAGAAUGGCGAUGAAAAUGUUCACGAGUGACUUCAGGGGAAGCUGUGUGACCCCGGGCCUGCCGGGCCCACCCCCACCGUGACCCCCCCACACCCCCAGCACCGCUGACGGAGCAGGCAGUGGCUGUCAUGACCUUUGACCCCCAGCUGCACGGCGAGCCCACCACGUGGAGAUCGCUGGUGGUUCUGUGCUGGUGGAGGGGCCGUUAACACGCCUGUAGCAGCCCGAUCCUGCUCCGUCCCCUCACCAGCACUGAUGACAGAGGACGUCCCGGUCCUGCUCCGUCCCCUCAGCACUGACAGAGGACGUCCCUGCCCAAACGCCUCUCGUAUUGCACUCAAACAUGGCCCUGUGAAAACGUGCAGAUCUGUUAGUUAUAAUGGAAAGUUUGGUCCCCACAGAGACAGAAGCUCUGUGGGUUUGACCUUCCUGCCAUGUUUAAUUGGAGCUCAUACGGUUCACUAUUUUCAUUUCAUAUUGUUUGUGUUUCAUGUAAAUGCAAAAGUCAGUUGAAUGUGUUGAAGUUGAAGUUGAAGUUGAAAUUGUUGCCAGUGUUACCAGUGAUGGGAUUCCUCAGGGCCCUGAUGUCGGCCCACCGCGUGACCGGAGCUCGGUAAACGCUGACCGGGCACAACAACCCCGGUACUGAAUGUUCUGCAUGGACAGACUCUUGCCCUCCGUCCAGCUUUGUUCCUCUGCCUUACCCCUCCCCUGCCCGUUGCCUCUGGGCACGAGGGCCGUUGCUUCACUUUCUCAAGAGAUUGUUUUCUAUCUGAAUGGUUAUUAAGCUAUCUGUCUCUGUCCUAACCACAAGCCCCGGCACUCAUCACUCAUACCGGCGUUGAUGAAGAAGUGCUGGGUGGCAGGAAGGUCUUUCCUAACUCACCAGUAGCUAGUUGUGAUCCUGCUGCUGCUGCUGCUGCUGUUGCCGUGGUUACAGCGGGCUUUGGCCCCAACUCCGUCCCCAGAAUUAGGACGGGCAGGGAGGAAGAAGCGUCCUGUUAGCGUCUAUGAGAUUCUGAGUUGUGUUUUCACUGUUUGAUGCUAGUAUACGUGGCUUUUUGUCAACAGAAGGUCUUUUUGUUGUGAUUUAUGUUUGGAUCUUCACAUAAAAUUAUGAGGUAUAACUUUUAAUAUUUGACCAUGAAUGUGAAAUAACUGGUUGCAGCCCAGCAAUGCUCAGUGUUUUGUUUUAUUUUCUUCUGACACUGUGGUAAAAAGCUGCAGAGGAUCAGAAGAUUCACCUGAAAACUGAUGAAACUGUUUCAAAUAAAGACAAUUG